AUGACUCAAAUGAUGGCCCCCCAUCGUCGUUCCGCUUCCUCUUCUCAUCUUCCCAAAUCAAAGACGACUGUGACCGCUCGUCCUGGUGCCCAUCGUCGCGGCACCUCGGCCAUUACCCUCUCCAUCUCCAAAUUGGGUUCAGGUCAUUCACCCCGAUCGCAUUCCCGGGGAACUAUCACGGCCGACGACGAUUUAGAUAUGGCCGCCAGCUUUUUGAACUUUUGCUGUCGCCGCAAGGACUCUGCAAAGCCACUCUCGGCCUCUGUUCCACCUCAAUCAACACUAGCCACCAACCAUCACCAUCAUUAUCGUCAUUCCUCCCCAUACACAAACACUUCUAGCACGCCCAUCCCUAUGUCCGUGUCACCACCAACAUCACCUCCUCUGUCCCCGCGGACCAUCGUCGCCCCCAUGACUCCCACUCGAGUCCCAUCAUCUAUUUCCGCCUCGCUGCCCAGCAUCAGGAUACCUCCUGCCAUCCACAACGCCAAGUCAGAUCUUGACCCCACCGAAUGGAAGCCCGUAUUAGGUCCCCGCGCCAUCAGCAUCACCGGUACCACCGGUGUCAGCCCGCUCGCCACCUCGGAUGCCUGGAGCUACCUCUCGCACUUUCACGGUGGCGCCUCGACUAUGCUCGCGCGUCGCCCUCAUCGCAGCACUACUAGUCUCUCCGCUCUCGACGGGGCACCCACUCCUUCUCUAACCCAUGCCGCCUCUGUCGCAUCGUCCGUGUCCAGCACCGCUUCUUCGGAUGAGCACAAACCCGAGCACGAGCAUGGGUAUGAGUACGGAGGACCCUCCCCCCUGGCUCACCGUCCCCUCCCACCCCGUCACAACCCUUCUUUCUCGCUGUCUCAUGCGGUCGAGAAUGGCGUGGCCUUGGUGGUUCCGCACGUUGCCGCGGUGGCUGUCCAGGAUGUUGAGAGUGACAGUGGCUCCAUCUUCCCUGCCAGCAGUGCCGUGUGGGAAGACGAUGCAAAGACUAAGCGAACUUGCCCGAUUCUGAUGCGCGGGUCCGCUCAGAAAGGCAAGGCCUAG